CGCUAUUUGCACACCUUCACUAACUUGAGAUCUUGCAUGGGUUAAAUUUAAUGGUUGAGGGAAGUCCCUGACAGAAGAAACGUGUUAUAUAGAUAGUUAUAUAGAAAUCACUAUUUUACAAAAAAUUCAAAUUACAACAUUAUCUGUUACUUUGGAAAAGUAAGCAAUCCGAGAAUAAAUCUGAAAGUAUUCGUUUGUCAUCGUUUUUAGUUCGCAUCAUUAAACCCCAUUACACGCGAAACGCAGGCACCGUGUUUAUUACUCAUAUUCCCAUUUUGUAGUGUCACUUUUUAUUUUAUGGAGAAUAGAUGUAUUUUAAUUUUCAAUAUUCUUUCUCUUUCAGUUUUUUUCUGUAUAAAAGGAAUAAUAGUGAGGAGAAUAAUACCAACGAUCAGUUUUUCGAAAUUCAGAAUAUGAGACUUAUCUUUACAUUAUGUUUUAUUUGUUGUCGUUAAAACAAAUCUAAUAUAUAAACUGAUUUUCACUUGUGAAGGGAAGGAUGAGUAUAACAAAGCAAACAUUUAAUUCACGAUACAUGGCUGACAAUGAUUAGCUCUUAGAAAGUUGAAUAACUAAAAAGAUUAUAAAAACAUGACGUUUGUCUUGGGCAAAUUUCUCAAAUAGUAACACCAUAAAUGAGCGAAUGAUUUUUCGGAAAAAAUAUUUUGGAAUUUUUUCAAUUGGUCAAGAGGAAAAGAGUUUUUUAAGUGCUUUUCUGAUGAUAAUUCAAUUUAGUUGUCUUUUCAAAACCUAAAACUGCUGUUAUUUCUUCGGAGGAGGCUUUUACUUUUACUUACUGAGAGUGUAAGUAAUCCUUACAUGUGGCUUAAUUGCACAUGCUUUCAAUUGCUUUAUAUAGAAAAAAAAAGGAAGUUUAUGGAUUUAAUUUAUGAAAUAUAGACAACGUUGUGUAUUUUUAGAUUAUUCAUUUGUAUUAUAAGCUUAGAUCGUAACUGUACAUCAACAAUUAAUCUCUCCCCAGACAUACGGACCUUUUUCAAGAAACAAAGAAACCAAUAAAUUAUUAUCCGAUAUAAUCAUACCCAAAUCACAGGAUAGCCGAGACACUUGUUGUAUCGUGCAGUGUAAUUUGGGAAAAAUUCGAAUCAGAAUUCUGUAUGGGAGACCAAAAUGCCAACGGUGACCCUGACAAUGUCUAAUGGUCAUAAUCCCGUUUCCGGCAUUAGUUUCCGGCAAGUGAAAACCGAUGGUUCUAAUGGCAGCGCAUGGCGUCCAUAUUCCAGUGAUGACGUAUCAACACGACGCCAUGUAAACAGCACUAAUGGAAAUGGUGUUGCCGAACGCUCGUCUUCCGACAACAAAAAAUCCGAUGCUGCAGGCAUUGACAUCAUUCGAAUGCGACUUAAAAGAGGUAAAAAUGGAGGAAAUCGUAAUGCACGCGUGUAUGAAACGCAGUCGGAUUUAUCCUAUCACAAUAACAACGGGCCAAUAAAAGCUUUUCCAAUUAGUAAUGGUAAAAACAACGAAGUUCCAACAAACGUGAAUGAUUCUAACUUACUUACAUCCGCCCCUGAUUUAUCAAGUCUUCCAUCCUCAGAAAGCAAUUCAGCACAAUGUACACCAAAGAUAAAUAACCGUCAGCCCUUACAGAGAAUUCAUGGACAUGGACUAUCAAAACAACGUUUGCCCCCUGGCCUUACAGACGCUCAAACUCCUGUCACAUCAAAUGGAAAUACUUCAACUUCUCAUUCACUUCCACCUUCUCCAACAUUUACAAUAACAAAACAAACGUUAGCAGUAUCAAAUCAUCAGCCAUCUCCUUUAAAAUCAGCAAUGCAUCGAAAUGAUGCAAAUAGUAAUGUGCGCAGGAGACAUUCCAAAGACGGUGUUACAUUUGUAGACAGCGAGCUCCCUCCCGGCAUACAUGAAUUAGUUAAAGACUUUUUUGUGCCUGGAGCAAAAGGUUGUUUUCAACAUAAAACUGAAAUGCCGUUGUUAAUCAGCACUGAUUCCGCAAUAUUAAAACGCAGAAGCUCAAUAUCAAACGCAAAAAAGAAUCGUGUUCCUCCAUCUCCUGGAAAUCAAGGUGCAAAACCCAAAGCUCAACAAAUAUCUGCUUUAAGAGCUGAAGACAAUACAAAUAUGGCUAGAUCGAGAUCGAGCGCGUCAGACGUCUUUGUACAACCGGACAUGCAGAUUUUGAAAGCUUGUUGGAAUGUUAUUCUGUCGUUUAUGGGAGAUGACAGCCAUUCCUUGCAAAAGCAUCGAUCUCUUGGAAGUAUCGUUACAUCAAAGAAAAAAUACUUUGGAAACUCAAAAAAACUCUGGAGGAAAUCAAGCGCUGAUUCAAGCGACAUUUCGUCAAAACACUCGCCAAAUUCAACAAUAAAAGGAGAGGUGAAUUUAGCGCGACCAACAUCCAUGUUUGUUCCCUCGUCUCCACCAAUGGAUGCUCCCACAUCUACAGAGCUAAAACGAAAAAAAGUCUCGAAACCUCAUUCUUCAUCAACUAGUUUCAAAUCGACGACAAGUCCUAUGUCGUACCUUUCAGUGUUAGAAAAGGUGCACUUCCUGGUUAACGUGGGAUUGAAACUUCCCUAUUUGCGAGAUGAAAUCUAUUGUCUUGUCAUCAAGCAACUCGUCAACAAUCCUUCUCAAUACAGCACUGCACUCGGGUGGAUUUUACUCGCAUUAGUCAUGGGAAGUUUUUCUCCAUCAACCAAGGUUCUAGCCUUGGUCGAAAAGUUCAUUCAUCAUCACCGUCACGCAUGGAGUAAUUACUGCAGCGAAAGACUGCGACGAACCGUACAAAAUGGACCGAGAGUUAACCCUCCAUGUUCGGUUGAAAUUAAGGCUGCCACAAUAAAAGAACCAAUUUUAUUCCCUGUUAUCUGUGCUGAUCACUCCGUUAGAACAGUUCCAGUAGAUCCCGCAUCGACAUCCAAGGAGAUAUUGGAAUCUAUGGCCGACAAAAACAGAAUCAAGGAACAUUUUGGGUUUUGUGUUGUUCUACAGUCCAGUGAUAAGAUUAUCAACCUUGGAUCGGGAAGGUUCUCUAUAAUGGACGCAUUUUCUCAAGUCGAAAUUUAUGCCGGCCAUAAAUUCAAUAAAACAAAUUGCAGACUUUAUUACAGGAGAGACAUAUUUUCACCCAGAGAUUUAUUUUGUGCGAGUGAUGAACAUAUGUCAACAUGGUUAACGUUUUCCCAGAUAUGUGGAGGAGUUCAUACCGGAGAAUAUUUCUGUAAAAAAGCCCAAGAUUUGAGUCUUCUUGCUGCUCAUCAGUAUUGCGUUCGACAUGGCAUCGAAUUCAUAGACGAGAAACGAGUCGCUGCAGUUUGUGACCAAUGUCUCCCACAUGAUGUUUAUAAAUCGGACAAGAAAAAUUGGUUACGGAUGGUGACCAAUACACUACGAGCACUGGCCAGAAAACAUACUCAAGCAAUGAAUCCGAUGGACAUAAUGGCUCAAGUAAUAAGAUAUGCAAUGCACAAUUUGACGUCAUAUUUUAUCAGAACUUACAGUAUUACAACUUUUGCUAUGGUUGGAGGAGCAUGCACAUAUACGAGUGACCUGUCUCUCAGUCUGUCUCAUGAAGGAGUCACGGUGCGUCAAGGUAACGAUACCAAACUUUUUGAUCGUGCAAAGUCUGAAGAAUCAGAUGUAGAAACAAUACCAGUAAUCUUGAUGGAUGUCCCGGCUAAAAAUUUAAAGAAAGUCAAACUCGAAACACAAAAUCCUCAACUUGGAACGAAUCUGACAAUAACUGUUCACACUAAAAGAAGCUAUGAGAUUACAUCUGCACACGGACCUGAAAUAUACGCAGUUCUUUUUCGAUACAUUAGAGACAUUAAGACAGCAGCUAACAAAGAAUCUUGUGCUUAGACUGGUAGCGAACGAGUUUCAAGACUGUCAGGACAUACCAUAUAUAAAAAAUCAAUAAUUGUCUCGAAAAUAUUAUUUUAUUUCACGAUAUAUUUCAAAAAAGUCUGAUGUGAAUUCACACAAAAAAUAGAAAAAUACGCUGGCGUUAUAAUUAUUCUACUACUAUUAUCUACGAAAUAACAAAUAUCUUGUAUCUCACAGUUGAUUGAAUUUGUCUUCGUAUUUUUUUUUUCCCUUUGUAUUUUAUGAGUAUCUGCGAGCUUUGAUUUAUUUUUAUUAUAUUUACAUUAUAUUUACUAACAUAUUCUUGCCAUUGCCAAUCUUCUUAUCCAUUUCACACAAUAUUGAAACAUGUCAAUUUCAAAAAUGUCAUAUCACAAAUUUAUUCGUCUAGAAAUUAUCACAAAAGUUUUGCAUUUACUAUAAUAGAGUUGAAUGUUUUGAAUUACUUUGUGAUUCGUCGUAUCUCGAUUUUUAGUUUAACAAGCGAGGUUAGCAUUAAAAAGCGAAUGUCCAACCCUACUAGAAUUGUGUCAAUUUUUUUCCAUGCUACAUUCUUUAAAAUUACUCUCAGGAUCUAGUAUUUUCCUUCUUCUGUUGUUUAUUAUUGUAAUUUUGAAGUUAUUUUUCUCAACAUACUGAAAGCUAAAUCAUUAGUAGAAUUAACCAGAAUUUAUUUAAGCGACGCGACUAGCACUAGCCACACGUGGAAUAACAUACUGAAUACUUGAAUCAAGUAUAUGCCUAGGACCUUUAUUUAAUUCGAAUCAUUAAUGUAAAAUGGUGGCUUAUACUUGUACAUAUGUUCCUUCAUUCUUUUUCCUUUUAGUUACCCUCAAAGUUCUUGUGUAUUAAAUAUGCUUAAUAUUGAAGUUAUAAUAUCAUUAUUUGUUAUUGAAUCUUGUUUUAUUCAUUCUUACCCUUUAUCAUUCAUCCAACUGCCAACUGAAUCAUGAAUUAACUACGUUUUUCUAAUUCUAAUAUUAAAAUAAAACAAUGAAAAAUUAACUCCUUUUU